AUUCAGUACAACUUCCCGCACACUUGGCGAGAAAACCUGACGGACAUCGCGGACGACACACCGUGCAUGGCACGUGACGUGACGAACGACGAAGAACGCUAGACCAUACCACGACGUGCUCAUGUCAGCUCUACCACAAGUAGAUGAAUCAAGGGAUUACGGCGCCGAGACGGACGGGUUGAAGGAAAAAGUUCAUCGACGUCUCAAGGAGUGCGCGAAAGAACAACAUCGCGGUCGGACAGACGCAGUGCUUGAGUUGAAAGCAAACACAGAGAAGGCGUUUGCCGAUUUAUGUGGCAAGAACGAAAAGCGGAAUGCUGAAGCAGAAGCGCUGGCACGGUCGCAAGACCGCGAGUUUCAAGACUUGCUUACAGCAGGCAAGAACCCGUACGAAGUGUUUCGCGCACGAGAGAUAGCAACGCGCGCAGCCAAGAAGCUCGUGUCCCAGAAGAAGAAGAUCAAGGAGGCUGAAAUGGCUAUCGCCGCGCACAUGGUGCAUGAAGCAGCGCUCAGUCAAAAGCGCGAUGAAACCGAGAAACGGCAUGCCGAGUACGUGCGAAAGUACCAAAAGGAGCUCGGACGCAAAGUCGUGGAGGGCCGCACUCGGGACUACAUGAUCUCGCGCACAGGGGCCGAGCUCGUGGACCCUACAGGUCGUACCUUCCGAAUUGAUCCGAGCCAGGUGACUGUGAUGAAGGACCAUUCGUUUGGGCUCGGGAAGAGUACAGUCAAAUCCCGCGAGCAGCGAGACAAGGUGAUCGACAUGAUUGCCGCCAAGCGAGAGCACGCGAACGUUCAGAUCAAUCCUCGUGGGCUGCCAAAGACAAAAGAUUCCCAAUCCGUAGUUGGGCACCAAAACAACCAAACGAGCGGCAACGAACUUGAACAGCUGCUGCUGCCACCCAUCGUCGACCCCCCUGGAAUGGAGAUGGCCCACUUGCAUGGCGGGAGCGGUACGCCGCACAAACAUGCGAGUGUGCAACUGCCGAGUCUGACUACGAAACAUGGCGCGACUCCUCCACCAACGGACAGUGUCAAAAAGGGCUUUGGCAUGCCGAAGCGAAGCAAGCUGGAAGAAAACAUGCGCCUCCAGGCCCUGGCAAAGCAAAAGGAGAAUCGGAUCGAGAAACAAAUCGUGUGGCGCAAGGAGUUUGUCGGUCGCGCGUUUUUGGCUGACCCAGAGGUCCUCUGGUUCAAAGACUUUGACGUGGGCCGUCCGCAAACGCUGGCAUUCACGCUCACCAAUGUCAGCAACACGUUCAACCAUUUUAAACUCCUCCCGUUCCCCGACGACAUUCGCGACUUCUUCGAUGUCAAGUACGACCUUCCCGGCCGCAUGAGUGCAGGUGUCACGUGUCGCAUCCACGUUACUUUCUGUGCCCGCGUCAACCAAGACAUCAACGUCGAACUGCCGGCGGUGGCCAAGACAGGAUAUUUUUCGAUUCCUGUGAAAUGCACCACCAAGCGAACUGUCCCCGUGCUGAGCUCGUACCACUUGACGUUCACGAACAUUGUCGUGGGGGAAACGAGCAAGCAGGUCGUGACCUUGCGCAACGACGGGGCGCUGCCAGCCACGUUUCGAAUUGUGACGCCGGCCGCCUCUCCCAAGGCAACUGCGGGUGUCACAGACACGGCGGAUGCAGAGCCAAACGCCCCGGAAUGCAUCGAAGACGCGGUUCAUCAAGAGGACGCAGGACCGGUGGAAGGCGUGGAUGACUCGGGCGAACCUCCUUACGCAUCAGAGGAAGCCUUGCUGCGAUACGCAACGUCCGUCGGGCAGAUCGACCAGGACAGGUCUGUGCAAACCAUCACAACGACGACUGAAGGACGCGUGGAGUCAUACGGCAGUUGCACGAUCGGGUUCACGUUUGCUCCUUUUCGGACGGUGGCGGACAUCCGGCAAACUUUCCAAGUCGUGUUUGACUCGCCGAAUGUAGACACGCUGCAGGUCACCGUCAAUGCUCAAGCUGUCGAAGUGCCGUUGUACGUUGAGGCCCCGAUUAUGGACUUCAAAUGUUGCGUGUAUGGAAAGCUGUAUCGGAGCAAGUUAAUUUUGCGCAACCGCGGCAAAGUCGCCAUGAAGUGCCAACUCAAAGUCCCGCCAUACUUGCAAGAGUGCCUCGAGUUUCUCCCGAAUUUUGGAUUCGUUCAAGGCAGCAGCUGCAACAGCACGAGUGCUGACCUUCCACCGACAUCCGCCGAGCCAGGCCGGUUUGAAGUCCAACUCAAAUUCCGCCCCACAGAAGCCAUUUGGACGGCGGUACUGAAACGACGUCUCGGCUGGAAACAAGGCAACGUCGUGGCGAUUCCCCUUCAAGUUCUCGUCCCCGACCAAGUGCUUCCAGUGUACUUUGUCCUGCGCGUGCAACUUACGUCUGGGAACCUGCUCUUCUCGUUGCCGUCACUCUCGUUUGGGGCGUGCUGCACCACCCAAAGCGUGAGUCAGAGCCUAGUCUUGACGAACCCAUCGAGGCUUCCACAGAAGUUCGGGUUUGUCCACGUUCCACCAGAGAUCCGCGUCGAGCCGAACGAUGGAUUCGGCACGCUCCUCCCACUCGAACAAGCCACUGUCACGGUGUUCUACAGCCCUCUCUCUGCCACCGAAUUCAAAUCGACUCUGACUUGCGCCACCACAUUGAAUCGAACGUACCAAAUUCCGUGCGUCGGUCAAGGCAUGUCACCGGCCUUGCGCUUUUCCGAAGCUGUCAUCACGAUGGGUGCGAUCCCGCUCGGCCAGUUUGUUGUCCACAGCGUCGUUUGCACCAACUCAACUGCAACGAGCCAGAAGUUAGAGAUCGCUCUGCCCCCCGAGGCGACCAAGGUGCUGCACGUUCGACCGCUCGUGGCCACGAUUGACGCGCACAGCUCCAUCCGCAUCGAAUUCGAAUUCCGCCCCACAACUGUCGAACCGUUCGAGGCAGUGGCGGGAACGACCGAUCCCACAACGGUCCAGUUUCAAGUUAGCCGACCGGACUCCAUCCCUGGCCUCGUCUCUCCUUCUCAUCAUGACAACGAAGCGGCAUCUAAAUCAGAGCACUCGUGGAGGUACGACUUGCCGGCCGAACCCAAGAGCUACCACGGGACGUACAACAUCGUGUGCUUCGUCGACGGCGAUGUGUCCCAAGCACUGCAAAGUAUCCGCGUCAACGUCGCGGUGAUUGAUCCAGAGAUCUCUUCAAAACCUGAAAAGAUCGAGUUUGGUCAAGUCGCGGUAGGCCAAACUGGCGUGAUGAAGCUGCAAGUGAUCAACAACUCUGCGGUCGACCUCGACUUAAAGAUGGUCCCGCUGCACUCAAUCGGCCCAUUUUCGAUUCUGAACGCACUGCGCGUCGUCAGUCCCCACGGCGGCCUUCGAACAAUGUUCAUCGAGUUUGCACCGUCGGCGCCAUUAAUCUUUCGGGAAGAUUUGGUCCUACAGUCAACGCGAGGGAACCUUCGCGUGAGUCUCCAUGGCGAGGGAGUAAGCCCCGUGCUCAGCAUCACGCCAGCGGAUGGGAAAGUCGACUUCAAGCCUGUGCUGGCGAGGGAGAAGGGCUACACCGAGUUUUCGCUUUUGAAUUCGUCGCUUUUUCCCCUGAAGUACAUCAUAAAGUCGCUCGACAACGGCAGCCAUCCCAAUUUCAAUCAGACAAGCGUCUUCACGUGCAUUCCCAACGAAGCGUCGAUCCCUCCGGGGGAAACACAGGUUGUCCGUGCCAUUUUCAGCCCGGAUCACGAACGCCCGAUGGAGUAUACGACAACUUUCCGAGUGGAUGUGCCCAACCAAACGGAAGACCACGUGAUCGUUCUCAAGGGGCGGUGCUGGGAAUGCCAGUCGUACAUCCUCCAUCCUGACGCGACGUCCACUGCGACGAACGAAGACGUGUUCGACCUGCCCUUGCACGUACCAAUGCCACUGCCGUUGGCAGAAUAUGUGAAGAAGCCUUCGCGCGUAAUUCAUGUCGAGUUUGGCUCGGAACCUCGGCAACAACAAGUUGUGAUUGGAAGCAUUGGUCCACAUGGCGAAGAUGGCCACGCAACGAUGUCGUUCUCGGACGGCAAGGCGAGCACCCCCACAACGUUUGAGAUCGUGUUUGACACAGGCAACGGCAUCAGUUUGCUGGAAAAGUACCGAAAGCACUUUGUCCUGGAACCACUCAAGGGUACGGUCAGCCCUGGCCACGAAACCAGCGUGUGUAUCCAGUUCAAUCCGUGCGUUGACGACCACGACGGCACCACGUCAUCUCCCACAAGUUCCGGCAGCAAUGCUGGCUCGAGCGAACUGCGAAUCCUCCACUGGAUACGAGUCACUGCACGAGUGACGCUGAAGGGGGGGUACAUUCCCCCCGUAUUAGGGGCAGUCGCGCCAGAGCAAGUUGUCCAGUUGGUGUUAAAAGCCAGGGUGUUCACUUAGUAAGGAGGUGUGCCAUACUUUGACAUGCGCGUCCUUGAUGCACCUCGACUGCAAGCCAAGAUGGCCCUGCCGCAUCGAUUCGUACCUCCCAAGAGUUCCAAAAGGUGAGCUGGGGUUUUAUCAGCAUGGAACUCCCCGACGUGGGGAUCUUGAGUUCUCCAUGUUGUCGCGGAAAGGUGACUGCUCGUAUCCGGU